AUGAUCUGUAAAAUUUCAGGUAUACAAAUUGUUUCUGAAAGGGAGUUAGCUCAAUUGGCUCAGGUUCAGCCAUUAAUAUUCAGUUUUCACCAGCAAUCGGCCAUCAUGGAUAGUCUUAAAAUACUUCAGAAAAAAGUGGAAGAACAUGAAAUCAUCCAGGAAUUUAUGGCUUUAGAAUGUAAGAAUCUGCCUGGUGAGUUCAACUCUGGGAGUGAACCAUGCAACAGAGACAAAAACAGAUACCGAGACAUCCUUCCAUAUGACUCAACACGUGUCCCUCUUGGCAAAAACAAGGACUACAUUAACGCCAGUUACAUCAGAAUAAGCAACUCUGGGGAAGAGUACUUCUACAUCGCUACCCAGGGGCCACUGCCGGAUACCACAGAUGACUUUUGGCAAAUGAUUUUGGAAAAUAACUCCAAUGUUAUUGCCAUGAUAACCAGAGAGGUAGAAAGUGGAGUUAUCAAAUGCCACCGUUACUGGCCUAUUUCUAUGAAGAAGCCUUUGGAACUGAAAACUUGUCGUAUCUUCCUGGAGAACUACCAGAUUCUUCAGUAUUUCAUCAUUCGAAUAUUUCACAUUGUGAGGAAAUCUACAGGAGCUAGUCACUUUGUAAAACAGCUGCAGUUCACCAGCUGGCCAGACCAUGGCACUCCUGCCUCACUAGACGGUUUUAUAAAGUUUGUUCGCUACUUGAGGAAGAGCCACCUUACAGGGCCCAUCGUUGUUCACUGCAGUGCCGGCGUGGGCCGGACCGGGGUCUUCCUCUGUGUGGACGUUGUGUUCUGUGCUAUUGAGAAGAACUUCUCAUUUAGCAUCAGAAAUAUUGUGGCCCAAAUGCGAGAACAACGUUGUGGCAUGGUUCAGACAAAGGAGCAGUAUUGGUUUUGUUAUAAAAUCGUGCUUGAAGUUCUUCAGAAGCUUGUGACUUUCAAUUUAGAAAGACUUCCAUUGCCUCACAGUUGAAAUUACCAAGUGGCUUGGAGCUUCCUCAGAAAGGACAUGAUCAAGCCGUGCUGAAGGGCUCUGCUACGAGCACAUGUGCUUUCUGGGCGUGUCACCUGAUUUCCUUUCUGACAACUUCUGAAAGGUAGCAGCAUUUGGUUUGGGGCUCAUAGUAUUUACCUGCUCAUUUUACUUAGAUAAUAUCAAAGUGCCCUCCUACAUUUUUCAAUGAAAUAAAAAUUACUUAAAACAAUUGCAGCCUCUUUGGUUGAAGGGAUUACAGAGCCCAGUAAAGGACUUAAACUACAUUCAUUAAGAUUUUAUUUGGAAAGACAACUAAAAGGAGCUGAGGAUUUCUAGGAUCUUAUAAAGCCCUGGGAGAACAGAGGGCCAGUAAACUGACUUCUUACAGGCAUUUUCAAGACCGAUACUUAUCCAUGGCUUUUAGCUAGAAUCUGUACUUUUAGCUGGUAUUUGAAUAACUCAGUUCACUAAAGAGUCCUAUUAGGAUGGUUUAACUUG